AGAAGUUAUGAGUUUCAAAGCUAACAUGGACUAAUAUUAUACGAAUGAAAUGGUCUUUCUGUUUGGUUUUAUCUUUCCCUAUUUUCUCUCACUUCAAGGAACGACUUUAUUCACAUUUCCUUAGGCUUCAAGUGAUUGAAUCAGAUCUCCAGCCGUGGCACACUUUCCUGAAAUAGGUUUCAAUAAAAUGAGGUUCACAGUGAAGGAAGGUUACCUCAAUAAAAUUUCUGGAGAACAUUGAGUUUUGCUAUGAAAACUUCGAGCAAAGAGCAAUCGGAAUGAACAAACAAGGCUAAGAACCACCACUGGUCCGUGCUGCGAUGAAUGAGAAUAAGAUAUUUCCUGCAAAUUGUAUAGACUUAGAAAGAUGCUUUUUGGGGUUUGCUCAAGAACCUCAAACUGAUGGAGUAAUUGCAUGUUCCGAUUCCUCGAGUUCCAUUGAGGUGAAUGGAAUCGGUAAUACCUUGAAGGCAUCUUCAUUUGGCAGUGAGUUCAUUUCGGGUGUUACCAACGGUCCCCGGCGGUGCCACCUGAACCCAACUGCAGUCGGCAAUGUUUCUUCUGCAGAUCUAUCGGCUCUCGCAAAUGCGUCUACGAGUGCAGCAUCAGAGGAAAUUACCGGACACCAUACCGAAUGUAGCUCUGGCGUACUCUUUGGUGUGCCUGUAAAAUUUUCAGAUCGAGACAAACUAUUGAUUGGUGACAUUUGCAUGCCGAGAACACAUCAAAAUGGAAUUCCUCUUAUGAAUCCAUAUGAUUAUGACUUAAAUCUGCCUGCUGCUGGGGCGAGGGGAGCAUUUUCUCAGAUGAGCAUCUCCGACUUUGCCCCCGUCACACCAGAAAAGGCCACGAGAGCAGAAAUGAAAGAAGUUUCGGCAAUGGGAAAUUUAUACGUAGAGAUCAGAACUGAGAAGAAUGAUGAGCAAGCAAAUGAACUGGAUGAUGUUAGGGUGGAUGGAGUUCAAUGCAGUAAAGAGCUCCAGACGCCUGUUUUAGAGUCAUCCCUGACAACUACUACAGCCAAGGAAAUUCAGAAUCCUGAACAUGGAGGUGGCCAUCUUGCUGAACUAGAAGGUGCAACACCACAACCAAAACAAAGGAAGAGAAAGUACAUGCCAAAGGUAAUUACUGAGAGCAAACCUAGAAAGCCUAGAACGCCAGCGACUCCAAAGCCCGGCGGUUCAGAAGAAAACCCCACUGGUAAGAGGAAAUAUGUACGAAAAAAUACAGUAAAAAAUGACACAUCAAUCUUCCCAAGAGAAGCAAAUGCAGAGAAACCGACAGGGAAGAGGAAGUAUGUGCGAAGAAAGGGACUCAACAAAGACUCCACGGUUCCCACACAAGAAGAAAGUGGAAAGGGGACUACUCAUCCAGAAACACUCGAGCAUAAUAAGAAAUCAUGCAGGAGGGCUUUAGAUUUUGGCAAAGAAGGGAAAGAAAGAGAUGAAACCUCUGCUAGCAAGCCAGCCUGCAAUAUAAACUCAAGUUCAGGGACUGAAAACCUGUGGAAAGAAGGAAGUCAAUUGGGCUCAAUGAUUCAGCUUUGUGGCAGAAUUGAAAUGGCAGCAGAAAAGACACAAACAGGCAUUGACUUUGAAAGUAACCAAUCUGUAAAUCAAACAACGAAAGAUCACUUGUCUUUUCCUGAAGAUCAAGCACCGGUCACACCACUUCCAACCAAGAAUGCUCCAUCCCAUAGAAGACGAAACACUCAUCCCCAGAAGCUCAAUAAUGGGAAAGGAAAAGGUAAAGCCACUUCCCAUGAUGGACUAACUGCAUUGGAAUCCGAUGCUCAGUUGCCAGAAAGAAGUCCAAUUGACACUAAUUGUAGGAGGAGCUUGCUACCGGAGGGAGGUCAAGCAAACAAGUUAGCGGAUACUCAACAAGCAGACGCCACUGCCAUAAAUUCAUAUGGGAGUCGAUACAACAAUAUUUCUGCGUACCAGAUGAUUCUAGGGAUGCAAUUACCAAAAAUUCAGGGGAGAAAGAGAACUGAGAAAGGACAAAAUUUGGCCACAUCCAGUGCAUCAUCAUUCAUCACUGCUUUAAAAAAUCUAGCUCCUGCAGAAGUAUGUCUGGCAGAUAAGAAUGAACUAAGUACCCAUGGUGAGGUUUCAACAAAAUUGAAAGCAGGAAGGAACUUCUCUCUGAAUGAAUUGCAAACUUUUAACUGCAUCAUGGCUCCGAAUCAAACAGAGGAUCCAAAGAAAAAGAGAAUCAGAGGAGCCACAGGGAUUCAAGAUCUAGCUUCAAUAAUUGCACAAUGUAAAAGCCCAGGAUGCUGCAGCAGUCAGUCACCUGUUGAUUAUGGCCUACGAGAAAUUGGAAACACAAGCAGACCUCAUACAAGCAUAGAACCCCUUGUCACAGAAGUGCAGCGAAAACUGGAAAAAACAAAGCAAUCAAAGAAGAGAAACUCCCUUGUAAAUUCAGCAUACUCUAGUACGAGUGAAACAAAAAUGCACAAGAAACUUGAUGCAGGUUGCUUUCCAGAAGAAGUAUGGAAACAAUAUUUUUCUGUUGAUGCACUUCUUGAACAGUUCAACCGAUUGGACAUCAAUAGGGAAGGUAGUGGAAUUGCAUAUCAAGAGCAGAAUGUACUUGUCCCUUAUACUAUCAGAUACCAAGAGCACAAUGCACUUGUCCCUUAUACUAUCAGGUACCAAGAGCGCAAUGCACUUGUUGUUUAUAGAGAUGGAACCAUAGUACCAUUCGGCCCUACUAGAAAAAGACGCCCACGGCCUAAGGUUGACCUGGAUGAAGAAACAAAUAGAGUUUGGAAGCUUCUCUUAGAAAAUAUCAAUAGUGAAGGUAUAAACGGAACUGAUGAAGAGAAGGCAAAAUGGUGGGAGGAAGAAAGGAGAGUAUUCAGUGGACGUGCAGACUCAUUUAUUGCGCGCAUGCACCUUGUACAAGGGGAUAGGCGCUUCUCUCCAUGGAAAGGAUCAGUCCUGGACUCUGUUAUUGGAGUCUUUCUUACUCAGAAUGUCUCUGACCAUCUUUCUAGUUCUGCAUUCAUGUCUCUUGCUGCUCAUUUUCCUCUCAAAUCAAGAAAUAAAGAUAAGUUGUAUCAUGAAGAGGGAACAAGCUUAGUAAAUGGAGCAGAGUUCUAUAUCUUGGAGCCAGAAGACAGUACAGCAAUUCAACCAGUUGGUGACCAGGGUUCGAUGACUGUUGAUGGGUAUCAAGACUCAGAAGAAAAAGAGGUUGUCAACAGCAAGGAACUGUCUAGAAGUAGUACUGCAACUGUAAGCUCAAUAAAUGAUCCAAAGUGCAAGUCGUUGAGCUCUUCUGGAAGUGGUUUGGGUACAUAUUGCGACUCCACUUUGAACAGAAUGAACAUGGAAACUAUCAAGGGAAAAAGUGAAUGUUCCAAAGGAGAGGAAGAGACGAAUGACAUUGUUCUCUCAUCUCAAAAUUCCGUCGUUUCAUCUGAAAACUCGGUUGACUUUUCAUUGGUUCAAACUGCUGAAAGAACAGGAUCAUGUUCAGAGAGCAACUCUGAAGGGGGUGAUCAUACUAAGCAGCCAAUGUUUGACAUCUUGAAUAGCUCUACUUCUUUUGUACAGCUUUUGCAGAUGGUUGGAUUAGAUAGGUUGCAUGAAGCAUACAGUUAUCAAAACAUGUCUACUAAUGAAAUCUCAAAGGUCAAAACAAGCCAAUUCCAGAACCACCAGGGUGAAAACUGCGACAACUCUGGUCCUAAAAGCUUCAAUAGGGAAGACCUUAUGCCAUCAGCUAAUUAUCAUCCAUAUCAUAUUCUAAACUCAGAAGUAAGAGAAAUUGGACAGACGUUCAAAGAAGAAACAAGAUUGUCUGAGGCUUCUAAGACAAAAGAUGAGAACAUGAUAGAAAGACAAAGUCCCUUAACAGAAGAAUCUGCAUAUCAAACAAUGGAUCAAAAGGAUAAGACUGUGUGUGUGCAGGUGACCCAACAAUCUUCCUUUGAAAAUAAUCAAUCAAGCAACAGCAUUCAAGAAGAUGAGAUGACACUUUUCCACUGUCAAAAGGGGGCGCUUCACAACACUAUAAAUCUUGUUGAAUCAUCGGCUGAUGCACAAAACAAAGAAAAGUUGAGGCGUGUAAAUAUGUCAAAACAUUCAGAAGAAACCUUAGAUAUUAUAGAAAGCACUACUGCAUUUGAUAAUCAAAGAACCCCACAACAGAAAAUGCAAGAGUCAAACUUGUAUGCUCAUGACUCGUCAUCUAAUAAGGAGCUCAAUUUGAUGGUCGAGGGCUUAAAGUCAGAAGGCAGAAAGGUCAAGAAAGAGAAAAAAGAGGAUUUUGACUGGGAUAGCUUAAGAAAACAGGCAGAAGCAAAUGGAAGAAAAAGAGAAAAAACAGAGAGAACAAUGGACUCACUAGACUGGGAAGCAGUGAGGUGUGCAGAUGUAAAUGAGGUAGCAGAGACAAUUAAGGAACGAGGGAUGAAUAACGUGCUUGCUCAGCGAAUAAAGGAUUUCCUCAACCGACUGGUUAGAGAUCAUGGAAGCAUUGACCUGGAGUGGUUGAGGGAUGUUCCGCCAGACAAAGCAAAAGAAUACUUGCUAAGUAUAAGAGGACUGGGGCUAAAAAGUGUAGAGUGCGUGCGGCUUCUGACACUUCACCAUCUCGCUUUUCCAGUUGACACAAAUGUUGGACGCAUAGCAGUAAGAUUGGGAUGGGUCCCCCUUCAACCACUGCCAGAGUCCCUUCAAUUGCAUCUCCUAGAGCUGUAUCCCAUCCUGGAAUCCAUUCAAAAAUAUCUAUGGCCCCGACUGUGCAAACUGGAUCAAAGAACAUUGUAUGAGCUACAUUAUCAGAUGAUCACAUUUGGAAAGGUUUUCUGUACAAAAGGCAAACCAAACUGCAAUGCAUGUCCAAUGAGAGGAGAAUGCAGACAUUUUGCCAGUGCAUUUGCAAGUGCGAGGCUUGCUCUGCCAGGGCCUGAAGAGAAAAGAAUUGUCAAUGCUACCAAAAACGGAACAUCUGAUCAAAACCAUGCCGUGAUCAUUGAUCAACUGGCUCUGCCCUUACCGCUUCCAAAUGAACUAUCAGAUAGGAACUGUCAGUCUGAAGCAAACCAACCGUUACAAACAGUAUCUGGGGUUAAUGAAUGCAACCCUAUCAUUGAAGAGCCAGCAAGUCCAGAACCUGAGAGCACACAAGUAGCAGAAAAUGACAUUGAGGACAUGUUCUCUGAAGACCCUGAUGAAAUUCCUACAAUCAAGCUUAACAUGGAAGAGUUCACCCAAACUUUGCAGAAUUAUAUGCAAAAUAACAUGGAACUUCAGGAAGGGGAUAUGUCAAAGGCUUUAGUUGCUUUAACAGCAGAAGCUGCUUCUAUUCCCACGCCCAAACUUAAGAAUGUCAACCGGCUAAGGACAGAGCACCAAGUCUAUGAACUUCCAGAUUCACACCCUCUUCUAAACGAGUUGGAUAAACGAGAACCUGAUGACCCGUGCAAGUACCUUCUUGCCAUCUGGACUCCAGGUGAAACGGCAAACUCCACUCAAAUGCCUGAAAGAAGGUGCAAUGCCCAAGAGCUUGGCAAAUUGUGUGAUGAGGAAACAUGUUUCUCUUGCAACAGUAUUCGGGAAGCAGAAUCUCAUAUUGUCCGGGGAACACUUUUGAUACCAUGUCGAACAGCAAUGAGAGGGAGUUUUCCCCUAAAUGGCACAUACUUCCAAGUUAACGAGGUAUUUGCUGACCAUGAUUCUAGUCUGAGACCAAUUGCCGUUCCAAGGGAAUGGCUAUGGAACCUGCCGAGGAGAAUGGUCUACUUUGGGACCUCCAUACCUUCAAUAUUUAAAGGCUUAACAACAGAGGGAAUUCAACACUGCUUCUGGAAAGGAUAUGUUUGUGUAAGGGGAUUUGACCAGAAAUCACGAGCACCCCGUCCCCUAAUGGCUAGAUUACAUUUCCCAGCCAGCAAAUUGGUCAAAGGAAAACGUAAGGGUGCUGGAGAAGACGGGUAAAUGAUAGCAGUCAUAAGAUCCAAACAAGUCAACUUGACCAAAUAACCAUGUACGAAGAAGUGGAAUUGCAAUUUUUAACACUGACUUGGCUUGUGGGCAAAUGUGAAAUUCCUUGUAUAACCUAUAAUGAAAAGGCGUGUACGACUGUGUGCUGUUUAAAAAGGUUGUAAUUAUUUAGUUUCAUGCUCAAACCUUGAGAAUUUUUUCAGAAAUCAGCUG